AUGUCUGGCAUUUUGCCAUCCACAUCGGGGCUGCCGCUGCUUGGCGCUCGUAAUCCCGAGGGAGCCCAGACACUGAUCAUCGACAUGAUCGACACCUACACGGAAGUGAAGGUUCAGCUCGUGUACACGGUUUUUCCUGGAAUCUCCGCUGUCAGCCGGCGAGUUGUGGUGAAGAAUAGCUCGCGACUUGGUCUGGGCGGCGUGGAUCUGAUGAAAUGCAUGUCAGGAACUUUCGACUUUCUCACAAACGAUUGGCACCUGCUUUCGCUGCAUGGCAGCUGGGCCUGCGAACGUCAAAUCACCACGCGCAGGCUUCAAGAGGGCACCAUCCAUCUUGGCAGCAACCGCGGCGUGUCCUCCCAUCAGAUGAACCCUUUUUGUGUUCUUUCGGCUGGACCGCCUGCUGAGAGCUCAGGGCAGUGCUGGGGCUUCUGCUUGCUGUACUCCGGCAACUGGCUGACCGAGGUGGAACAAAGCCAGACAGGAUGCGUCCGGGUCAAUGUGGGUCUGAGCAACACGCACUUCAACUGGGAUCUGCGUGUGCAAGAGACCUUUGAGUCUCCUGAAUGUGUCUGUGUCUUCUCCGACAAAGGGCUUGGCGAUAUGACUCGCAGCUUUCACCGGCUUUUCAGCGAGAGGUUAAUUGCGCCGCGCUGGCGGGACCUCAUUUGCCCGGUGCUGAUCAACACCUGGGAGGCCUUGUACUUUGAGGUUUACCAUGACAAAAUCUUGGAGCUUGCGCGCCCUGCUAAGCAGGUCGGUGUUGAGCUUCUCGUGCUUGAUGACGGGUGGUUUGGCAGGCGGAACGACGAUACCACGUCACUCGGGGAUUGGAAAGAGGAUCCGCGGAAGCUGCCCCGAGGCCUCAAGGGGCUGGCAGAGGACCUCAACGAGAUGGGUCUCAAGCUUGGCCUUUGGGUGGAGCCCGAGAUGGUGAACAAGGACAGUGAGCUUUACAACAGCCAUCCUGAGUGGGUCCUUCACCAUCCUGCCCGGCUUCGUUCGGAGGGAAGGAACCAGCUGGUCCUGGACUUGACCCGCAUCGAAGUUCAGGACUACAUCAUCGAGGCUGUGGGCGCUGUGCUCAAAAGCGCGAACAUUGAGUACGUUAAGUGGGAUAUGAACCGGGCCCUCACGGAUGCUUUCUCAGCGGCACUGCCGCCGCGGCAGCAGGGUGAAGUCUACCACCGGUACGUGCUCGGACUCUACCGGAUCUUCGAGACUAUCACGUCGCGCUUUCCGCAUGUGCUGUUCGAGAGUUGCGCGUCCGGAGGCGGGCGCUUCGAUGCGGCAUUGCUGGCAUGGUGCCCACAGGCCUGGUGCUCUGACAACUCUGAUGCUUUCUCGCGAACGCGCAUCCACAUGGGCACCUCUUUGUGGGCACCGACGCGUUGCAUGGGUGCACACAUUGCAGCCUGCCCCAGCCACCAAACUCGGCGAACGCACAUCAUGAAGACGCGCUUCAUUGUGUCUCUCUGGGGCACGUUCGGCCUUGAGCUGGACCUAAAUGCGCUCCCCAAGGAGGAGCUCGACGAGGUUACAGAGCUCGUAGCGCUGAGACAGAAACUAUGCAAGGUGACGCUGCAUGGCAGCUUCUUCAGACUGCCAGGCUUCGGCUAUCCUGGAGCUGCUCAGGGCAACUCCGCGGGCAUUGGUGAUUCCCACGUCUAUGCCUGGAUGUUUGUAUCGCCAGAGCAGGACCACGCCGUUGUCAGUGCGAUCAUCUUCCAUCACGAUACGGUCGGCAAGUUCCCGUCUCGAUUAAAGCUACGUGGUUUGAGGCAAGAGUGCCAAUACAGCAUCCUUGAGCAUGUUCCAACUUUUGCCGAUGAAGGCAUUUUCAAUGGCAUCUUCCAGCCCGGUGGACCGCAAUUCAAGCACCGCAGGCGGUUGAUGUUGACAGGAUCGGUGCUCAUGGAGGUAGGCAUCCCAGUGCACUUCAACUUUGAUGGCGACUCCAUGCUUCUGGAGCUGCAGGUUGUCAACGGUUAG